UCACCUUUUUCAAGGAAAAAACUUUAGAGAUCUGAUUUAUAAAUCUGUAAUUGGAAAAUCUAAUGUCGUGAUAAACAUUUUAAAGAAGUACGCAGAUAAUGAAAAACCUAUUGAUUUACAAGACUUAUUUUAUAGAUUUACUAUGGAUACUUUUGGAGAUAUGUCGUUUGGUGUAGAUUUCGGAUGUUUAACCCAUCCUGAAGAAAAAUCACAAUUUGUUACAAACUUUGAUUUCGCUCAAGAUAUUAUGUUUGAGAGAUAUGGUAGACCUUUUUGGAAAUUUAUAGAGAAAUAUAGUGAAAAAGGUCGAAAUAUGCGUAAAGCUUGUAAAUAUAUUGAUGAUUACGUAUAUAAUAUGAUAAAUAAUCACAAAUCUGAACUUGAAAUUGAAAAGAAAUCA